AUGAAAAGACAUAGCAUAGGAAAAAAAUUUCGCAAAAUUAAAGCCUUGAAGAAGGCUGAUCCUCAUGCAAUUAUUCCUGAAGCUCCAGAAUAAUUAUAACAAUAUAUUAAAGAACUUACUUCAAAAGGAUUAAAGAUCAAUAAAGUUUAAUACGCUAUGUUUUAAACAAAAAAUGGGUUGCGUUAUCCUGGUUUAAUUGCGACGGAGCCCAUAAAGUCAAAGGAUACUCUGGUCUCUCUACCAAAAGAAUUAUUAUUAACCACUCGACAUGCAUUUGAAUCUCCAUUAAAGCAAGUUUUUAUGGAAUUCCCACAGCUUUUUAGCCCUAAAUUCCUCCCUUAAUGGGAAGAUUACCAAUUUCUAGCAUUUUUACUCUAUGAAUAUUAGAAAGGUCCUGAGUCAAAAUGGCAUUUACUCAUUUCCAAUUUACCCAGAGAUAUUGAUUAUGCAGUGUUUUGGAGACCAGAAGAUUAAGCAUUUUUAGAAGAUAAAUAUUUAGUCAAGUUGGCCAAAAAAUAACGUUAAGAUUUUAUGGUUGCCUUUAAAACACUUAAAUUCAUUACAGAUAAAUAUCGAAACCUAUUUAAGCCAGGGAUAGUAACAGAAGAAAAUGCAAUCUGGCUUUAUACACAUAUUAUUUCAAGAUCAUUUGGAGGCCAAGGAUUAAAAUAUGUCACUAUGGUUCCAUUUUGUGAAUUGUUUAAUCAUGAACAAGUUGAUGUUUGUUAUGACUUUUCGUACAAGGACAGGUCUUCAAAUUACGAUGAUGUAUUCAUGUCUAAGAAAAUAGUUAAAGGAUAAGAGGAUGUUGAUGUUGAUGAUCUGUCUCUUUCCUCUUCUGAUCAUUCUUAGGGUUCAGAAGAUGAUAUAAGUGAUUCUGAAUUUGUGAUGGAUGAUUAUGAUGAAUAUACAGAAUUUGAUUUCGAUUCAUUUAAGGAAUUUUCUUAUAGAAAUUUUCUUGAAAAUCAAAGGAAGAUGUCUGAUAUAAAACCAUUACCAAAUGAAGAACAAGAGGAAUUCUACAAAAGAGUUUAAAAUCAAUAAUUGUUAUUGAAUAAAUUGAGGAAAGAGUUUCACAUUAAGUUAAAUAUCUAAAGAGAUGUUUUUCAAUUAGCAAUUGAUUGUAAAUCAUUUUUAUUCAAAAACAUUGAUUUUGGAGAUAAUUAUUCAAUAUUCUUUUUAGGAUAAGUAUUCAACGUGUUGGACACUACCAUCUCAGAUUAUUUUGAAGAUGAAAAAUCCUCAGCCAAAGCGAGAGAAGAUAUCAAGAAAGUCUAAAUAACUUGCACUGUUUACAAGGAUUAUUUAUAUGGAUUUUUAAAUAAUGUAAUGAAAAAGCCAAUCUAGCAGAAAAUCAAUAUGUUUGCUCAAAAAAUUGGCAGGAAAAUAAUAAGAGGGUUUGAAACUAUUGAACAAGUAUUAUCUCAACCCGUUGAUCGUAAAUCAGAAUAUUAUAAAUCUGAUUGGGAAAUAGAUAACUUUGAAAAUUUUCAUAUGCGAACCAGAGAUCCAUUCGAAAAAGGAGCUUAAGUAUACUUCUGUUAUAGUCGCUUGUCAAAUAGAUAAAUGCUCUUGAAAUAUGGAAUGGCUUUGGAAUACAAUAAAUACGAUAGUACAUUUUUGAGAGUUGAAUAUAUAAAGUAUCUUAAAAACAAGGAAGCUAUUUGGAUGGUUCAUAGAUUUAAACUCAAUAAAUUCAAAAGGUUUAAAUUAAAAUAUACCGUUCCCCCUUAUGACUUAAUAGUAUUUUGCAAAUUCGUUAAUUGGACUCUAUAUGUAAACUCAACUGAUACUCUUUUUAAAAUUAAAGACUUUAACUUAGAAAGAAAGGCAUUAUCUUUAGCUCUACAAAUUUUAGUAGAAGAGAAUGCAAGUUUCAAAGAAACAAUUGAAGAAUUAGAGAAAUAACUAUUUGACGAAAGCGUAGGAUAUCACGAAUAUUUUGCAAUAGUUUAUAGAUUGGAAAGGCUUAGAAUAUAUCGCCACAAUAUUAAUUUAAUCAAAAUAUGUAUAGUUGUUCUUGAUAGAAUCAUGAAUGGUGUUCCAUUUUAAGAAGCUAUUAAAAAAACAGAGUACGAUAACGACCUUUACGAUACAAAUCGUCAUAUACUACAGAUGUAUUUUGAUUAAAUGAAAUCAUUGGUGUAAUUAUCAAAAUGA